AUUCGCUGGUUACAUGUGAAUCUUUUUUCGCAAGGUUAAUGAUUAACCGUUAAUCAGUUAAUUAAAUUAACACCUUAAUUAAUUUUAUCUCUUUUUAAUUGUAGUUGAGUUUGUUUAACGUUAUUUUGAUUGUUUGGUUGUUUGUUAAACCUUUUGUUUUCUAUUCACAUCCUAGUCUUUAGUUAAGAUGGCAACAAGUACUUCAUUUAAACCAAUUACUCAUGUGAUUUUUGAUCUUGAUGGUCUUUUAUUAGACACUGAGACCAUAUAUUUUAAAGCAAUAACCGAGGUUACGGCAAGAUAUGGAAAAGUAUAUACACCUGAGAUUAAAGCUAAAACUAUGGGAAAGACUGGGAAAGAUGCUUCACAAACUGUGAUAGAUGCUCUUGACUUACCUCUUACACCUGAAGAGGCAACCAAAUUAUUAGAGCCUAUUUAUUCAGAGCUAUUUCAAAAUAUUAACUUUAUGCCUGGAGCCUUAAGGUUAUUGGACCAUUUAAAGAAACAUUCAAUUCCAAUGGCAAUAGCAACAUCUAGUUCGGAAUUUUCGUUUAAUGUUAAAAUUGUCAAGCAUAAAGAAGUCUUUGAGACGGAUAAAUAUUUUCACCAUAUCGUUAAGGCUGCAGUUGAUCCUGAUAUUAAACAUGGUAAACCUCAUCCGGACACUUUUCUUGUUUGUGCAAGAAGAUUUAAUCCACCAGCUGAUCCAUCACUUGUUCUAGUUUUCGAAGAUUCAACUAAUGGUGUCAAAGGUGCCAUCGCCGCUGGAAUGCAAUGUGUCCAAGUUCCCGAUCCAAUGAUACUACCAUGGAAUGAUGCAGAGCCGACAUUAUCUAUUCCAUCUUUAAACGAUUUUAAGCCUGAAUUAUUUGGAUUACCUCCUUUUGAAGAUUGAAACUUUCUCUACGUUUGAAAGAAAUAAUUGUCAAUUUAAAGCUCUUUUGAGCAUUUUAAACGUUACAAUUGAUAAUUGUGUUGAUAUUUUAUCUAAAUUAUAUAUUAAGGUGAAAAUUUUUUGUUAUGGUAAUCAUAUAAAUGUAUCCAUUUGAUAAAUGGAUUAAUGUUGGAAUAGAAUAGAAAACGAAAAUAAAAUGAGAAUUAAAGAAAAAAA